AUGGGUGCUAUUCCUGAAGCCGAUCCCGAUGAGGUCAUGGAGACCAAGCCCUUCAAGUUCGUGACAGGCUAUGAUGCUCGCUUUCCCCAGAUGAACCAGACCAAGCACUGCUGGCAGAACUAUGUCGACUACUACAAGUGUGUCAACGCCAAGGGCGAGGACUUCCGCCCGUGCACUCAGUUCUACCACGCUUUCCGCUCCCUGUGCCCUAAGGCCUGGACUGAUCGGUGGGACGGCCAGCGCGAGGCUGGCAACUUCCCUGCUCGUCUGGACCAAUAG